AUGUCUAAGCCUUCUCUAGAUUCGGAUUUGUACGGUGAUAUCUAUGGUGACGAGGAGGAUGGAUUUGCUGAUCUCCAGGACGCACCAACGCAAGAACAAGACCUCGAAGAGGAGAUAGAGAUCAUCACAGGCCCGGCUGAGCUCGACGAAUCGGCAUUCUCAUCUGUCGCCAAACCAGGAGCCUCUGCAUUUAGCGACGCUCACAACUCUCUUCCUUCCAAACCCUCAGCCUUGUCAGCAGGCUUGUCGUACUCGGCGCAAGUUGCAAAACAGUUUUCAGCUUAUCAGCAAACUCCCAGCCAGGAGCGCCAGCAGCGCACGGAGUUCCCCCGGAACCCUACGAUGGCCGCUGCUGCUCGGCCGGCGAGCAUCCCCACGUUCACGUCUACUGAUAAGGCCACUUCUGGUUCUGGGGUGUCUUCCGAGACGGUAUUUGGGAAGAAACCAUCGGAGAUGCAUGAUCAUGGCAAAAUGUUUAUCGGCGGUCUCAGCUGGGCUACGACAGAUGAGGGUCUAAGAGACUACUUCUCGCAAUUUGGAAAGGUUGAUGCAGUUACUAUAAUGCGAGACCCUACAGGAACGUCGCGUGGCUUCGCUUUCUUGACAUUUGAAGACGCGAACUCGGUUAAUGCCGUCCUGGGGCAAGAACACUCUUUGGACGGCAAGGCAAUUGACCCAAAACGUGCUAUUCCUAGGGAGGAACAUCUACGAAAUACGCGAUAUUUUGUUGGAGGUCUGUCACCCGACACAACCCCAGAGUCAAUGCGCCAGUUCUUCGGCGCCUAUGGUAAAGUCGUGGAUGCAACUGUCAUGCUUGACAGGGAGUCCGGCCGCUCGAAAGGUUUCGGAUUCGUGACAUUCGAGGACGCAAAUAACGCUGAUCUUCUUGUUGGCAAACUGGGUCUCAUCCUCGACGAUAAGCAGAUCGAAGUCAAGGCUGCUCAGCCGCGCUCCCAGCGAGACCAGCAACGGACAUCAAGCAGCUCGCAUUCCAACUCGCCUUCCAAUUCGAGUUCUCAAGCCGACAACUUCGAUCAACGAGGAUCAACUAUAGGCACCUCGAUGAACUUCAUGCCUUCAAACCAACCAAAUCCGAUGCAAAUGUUCUAUCCUAUGUCACAGAUGCCGUUCGGGAUGAUGGGCAUGAACCCGAUGAUGGGCAUGGGUAUGAAUGCCUUCAACAUGGUUGGUGGAAUCCCAGGUAUGAUGAAUCUUCCUGGAGCUACCCUGGAUGGUGUGGCCAAUGGGAUGGGUAACAUGGGACCAAUGCGCCUUGGGGUUGGGCCUGUCGCUGCAUCAGCUAUGCUUCGAAACACGCCGCAAAUGGGAAACAUCAGAACAGGUGGAAUGGGCCGCUUUCAGCCUGUUGCUAAUUCGACCACUAACAUGGGACGGAUGGUGGGGACUUCGGGCGUUGGACCCAGUCGUGCAAGUCAUCGGGGUCAACAUGGGUUCCAUCCAUAUGCUAGAUAA